AUGCGGGAUGCAGGAGUCAUGACGAACUUCAUCGUUUGUGUCGCACUUUUCCUGUUGGCUACCGCUGCUUUCGCCUCAGGUGAGGUGUGGCAGACUGACUCCGUGAUGACGGUGCAGGUGCGGUACAACACGACAGGCGAGACAUUUUCCUCCACGGAGGGACCGUUGUUUGGCCCCGUAGCUGCCACGGUGAGGGUGAACAACUCCUUCCUGCAAACAGGUUGGGACGUUGUGUCGGCGGAGGCGGCGGAGGCGUUUCUGCACUCUGGACCCGCUGAGGCGAGGACCGAGCAGCUGCGACUGGCCUACCAGGCUAUGGGGUACGGCGAGGGGUAUGCCACGCAGCAGCGCAUGGAGGAGACGCUUAAUAACACGUUCUUUGGUGAAAACGGCCUCAGGGCAGUGUUGGAGGGCAGCCCAGAGGCUGUGAAGUGGAUGGAUGAGCACCUGGCGUACAUGGACGGCAGUGAAGCGGCCAGCGACGCCUACGGGCAACAGCUGAAGAAUCUGCUGGCUGUUCUUGACGGCCUCGUGGCGGGGUACAACGACCGUGUAGGGAAGCGCGGGCCGCUGUUGAACCGUACAUGGCUGUUUUAUUUGAACUUUCAGAAUGAGAUGGGUGACGUCAUCAGGGCAGUGUCACCCAGAAAAACUGUUGCCCGGCUACAGAAGCAAAGCCCGCGAGUUUUGCUGGACCUGCACUGCUCCGCACUGGUGAAGGUGACACCGUACGACAUCUUCUUCUCACAUGCCACAUGGAACUCCUUCAACAGCAUGAUGCGGCAGUACAAGACGUACCGUGUGGGGCACCGCUCAGUCACCAUGUCCUCCUAUCCCGGCUUCAUCCACAGCGUUGAUGACUGGUAUAUGACGCAUGCACGGCUGGCGGUCAUGGAGACAACCAAUGGUAUCUCAAAUAUGAGCCUGUACGAGCACCUCUUCCCCUACACCGUCUCUGCGUUUUUGCGGGUGAUGAUUGCCAACUUUCUCGCCACCUCCAGCCCCUCGUGGGUGGAGUACUUCUCACGCAACAACAGCGGCACGUACAACAACCAGUGGAUGGUGCUCAACAUGGGAACAGUGACGAAUCCCAAGACGCCGAUGCCUGCCAACACAUUUUGGGUGGCGGAGCAGUUGCCGGGCUCCGCAUACCCGCUUGGUGUGACCGCAGCUGACAUGACAGAGCACCUCAACAAGCAUGGCUACUGGGCGAGCUACAACAUACCGUAUUUUGAGAAUGUCUACAACGUCUCUGGCUACCCGGACAUGGUGGCGAAGUAUGGAGAGUACUUUUCCCACACACUGACCGCGCGGGCGCAGAUCUUUAAGCGCGAGCACAGUGCUGUGGUUGACCUCGAAGGCAUGAAACGACUCAUACGGUACAACAACUACAGGGAGGACGAACUAUCCCGCAUUCAAAACUGCGAAGGGGCCGGUACGAAUAACACGUGCGUGCCGCCGUACAGUGCCAUGUUGGCAAUUGCUUCACGCGGCGAUCUGAACCCACCAGGCAAUGCAACAAACUACGGCCCGCUUUACAAGUACCUCGGUCGUCGCGACCACGGCGCAACCGAUGCGAAAAUUGCCUCCUGGAGUGGGAUGGUGCUGGACCCCGGUCACUACACCGCCCACGUCGUGUGCGGCCCCACAAACGACCAGCAACCCACAUUUUUCUGGCAGGAUGGCAUGUUCACACCGAUGCCUCAGAAGGUCGGUCUACCGACGGUGUUCAACUUCAGCUUUGUGACAUAUAUGACCGAUGUUUUUCAGAGUGGCUCAGACGAAGAGGAUGUGCGUAAUAAAUGGAUUGGCAUUGGAAUCGGGAUUGGAGCGGCCGUGUUGGCUCUCACUUCCGUUGCAAUUGUCGUCUCUCGCGCACGGCGCCGCGCCAAGGACCUGAGCGAGGACCUCCUCCUCGCCUAG